GUGGCGUCCCGCCAGCAGCCCCGUGGGGCCGGGGGGGGCCGCCGGCGCCGUGGCCCGCGUCCGCCGCCGCCACGUACGGUUGGGCCCCCCGCCGCGGCUGUCCGGACUCUCCUCCUCACACACACGGGGCCCGUGGCGCGGGAGGUGGAAGCGGCCUCUCAGCUAACUACUGACUUUUGUAAUACCGUAAGUGGUGCUGAACAGUUGCGAUGGCAUUGCAGUUCUGGAGCUGGACUCUUCUUACAGGUAUGCCCAAUGGACGAGGAAGCUGAAAACUACUCCAGACCAUGUGAAACCCCAUGGGCCCACACAUAUCCAGUGGAUUAGUCUUCUGACAUGACAGUGUAAGGCUGUCACUUGCAUGGAAGGGUCUUGCAAAGUCAGUGAAGGCUGAAGCAGCAAAUUUUGCAUGCAACCGAAAAUGAAGUGCUCUUGGACAGUUAAGACUUGAAGACUAUGAAGAGCUUCUGAAGGGGCUAACCCAAGCCAGGAGAAUGAGUCAGAAAGCCACUGGUGCCCUUCAGCGCUGUUAAACACUGGCAUUGGUGUCACUAUACGGUUACACGGACAGUCUCCUGCCAAGUGCAGAAUGGGUCAGAAACGGUGAUCCAGCGAGUUUAUCAGAGCUGCCGGUGGCCAGGACCUUGUGCCAACUUAGUGAGUUACAGGACUCUCAUCAGGCCCACGUACAAAAUGUCCUACCGAACUGUGACCACGCUGGAGUGGAGGUGCUGUCCUGGCUUCACGGGGAGCAACUGUGAAGAGGGUUCAUCUGGCCGCCAGCACGGUUACUUUUCCAACCGGGACCAAUGCAUGAACUGCACGAGACUAGCAGAUAUGACCGAGAGGCUAAACACGCUGGAGGCCAAGAUCCUUCUGCUCGAGGCUGCGGAGCGAAGCCCAGCACUGGAAAACAACCUGCCGAUCACUGGGACAACGGCCACGUGGUACGACGAUUUGCUACCAGAUGCGUUUCCCCUGCUGAAUCCUGGGACUGUCUUAAGAAAAACAGUGGGAUCUGUUGAGCCCACCCCAGGUUCACUUACAGAGAUUGCACACCUCGGGAGAUCUUUCGAGCCUAAAGGACACAGAGGUGCAGAGGAGCAGCUAAUACCACAGGGGCUGCCUGGACAGGUUGGUCCUCCAGGCCCGGUUGGACCAACUGGUCUUCCAGGACCACCUGGGCCAAAAGGAGAGAAGGGACAACCCGGUGAGAGGGGCCCAGCAGGGCCACCAGGACUGUUGGGACCUCAAGGACCGAGAGGACUUCCAGGAGAAACCGGGAUGCCAGGUCCCCCAGGUCCUCCAGGGCCACCAGCCACCCCAAGCCUCCCUCUUACCUUCCAACAAGGGGUUCUCUACUCACUCCAGCCCACAGCUGAAAAAGAAAAUGGAGAACCCCAGCUGGCCUCCACCGUCAUAGACACCAUCAUGGCUGGCCUGCCAGGACCACGGGGAGCCCCAGGCCCCGUUGGGCCACCAGGGCCACCAGGUGCAUCAGGACCCAAAGGACCACCAGGACCUAUUGGAGUCCCUGGGUCACAGGGCUUACCAGGCUCUCCAGGACAACCUGGGCCAAAAGGCUCCAAAGGAGACCGAGGAGAGAGAGGGCAAGCAGGUCUGACUGGAGAGAGGGGCAUUAAGGGAUUUCCUGGUGAACCAGGCAAGAAGGGUGAGGAAGGUGACAAAGGCGCUGAUGGGGAAGGUGUUCAACAGCUUCGAGAAGCUCUGAAGAUUUUAGCCGAGAGGGUAUUAAUUCUUGAGCACAUGAUAGGAAUUCAUGACUCUUUGUCUUCCAUUGAGCCAGGCUCUGGACAAGACGUGAUCCCGGGCUCCCCUCUGCGAAGCAGCAUCAAGAUCAAACGAGGAGGACCCCCGCAGCCGCAGGCCUACCAGAUCCUCUCUUCACUGCUGGAUGACAGUGAAGCCAAAAGGAGAAGCAACCGGAUGAAGUAGGAGCAUCUCUGUGUUUUCUGUGCCUGUUCACCAGUUAAAGAUACAGUAUCCCAGUGCUUAAUUGCAGAGUGCAAAUGAAGUGGGUAGGAGGCUGCAGUGUUGGCCACGGGGUUUCCUCACCUGGCCAAUCCUAAGCCCUUAUUGCAGGGAAUGUCUUACCCAUAGCUCAGAGAGGGCCUUCAGAACCUUUUUCUUAAUUUUGUUGUUUUGCCUUUGGAAUCCCAGAUGGAGGGUAUCCUCAGAAGCUGUCUACAGAAAUGACGCCUCCUGACUGUGUCUCAAGAGUUUAAUCCUCCCCUUAUUUCGUCACUGCCCCUGAAAGUUACUCAGUUAAAGCACUGCUUAAUUGGCCAAGACAAUCAAUCCCAUCUAGACCCAAAGCCGAGUCUUAGCCUCAUCUAUUGCUAAAGCUGGUGGCAUCUGCUUUUAUUUCAUGGGGUGUGUCAUGCUGACUUCCAGGUGAAGAUACCACUUCCCUAGGCCAUUAAAGCAUGACCUGCAAGGAUUUCUUUGAAGCAAAGAACAAAUUGGAAAAUUCAAAGAACAUUUUAGACUGUUACUCUGAAAAUCCAGGUUACUCUUUGUCCUUUAGCAUCAAAAUCUUGGCUUUUCAUGUUGCUAAAUGCGUGUGAGUGGCACUAUUUCUAUUUGUGGUUGGCGAAGCAAGGAUUUCUGAUCCAAAUGUUUGUGGCAACACUGACUUUCUAUCUUCAGCGAGAUUAGACUCUUUCUGUGAAAAUACAGAGCAGUUUGUAUAAGAUAUGAUGGAAUUGUGCAAGAAUUUUCCCAUAUUGUGUUCAGCUUGUGCACGCAUCCAGAGAUAAUUUAAGCAAUAGCUAAGUAUUCACAGAAAAGGAUAGUUUGCAAUAGUUUCUUAAUCCUACAUCAAUAAGGAAAAUGUUUUCACACUGUUUCAUUUUUAUCUUGUGAGUAAAUCCUUGCCAUUUGAAUCUGGAGCCAGUGUAGUAGCAAAGCACAGCCUAAGGAAUUAAGAGUCUUGUCAAGAGCUUAUCUUGCACUGGGAGUGAAAUAAAAAGUCAUUUUACUUUUUGCAAUAACUUGUUAUUUUGGGGAAGGUCCCAGCUUCCAGGCUGAGGAAGCUGAACCUGCCCUUCAGUGGCAAAUGAGUUGCUAUACCUGCUGUGCAAACCAAAUCGGACAGGUUGCUAUCAUUCAUGUAGACAGUGAUUUUUCUUAGAAAGGGUGAGACUAAUCAACUGAACCAACGGUACUAUUUUUAAAUAUUUUUUUUAACCCCGCCUCCUGUUUUGACAGUUUUCAAAUUCAGACCAGGAUGAAAGUAAGCAAAUUGAGUUUGUGUUGGUCAUUUUAUGGCGUAAGUCAGGUAUAUUGGUCACAUUCUGUCUGGUUCCUGGUGCAAGAUACAGCUAUUUGAAAAAGGUAGACUGUACUGCUACAAUCGUUCUGUCAGAAGCUGUUGCAAAGACCAGCAACUGUAUGGUCCAUGUUUUUAGCUAUGUUUGUCACCCAACGUGAUCUUCCCAAGGCAAAACAAGAAGCAUGUACUGGGAAAUGGGGCUUAAAAUGAAGGAGCUCUGCCAGCCCAACAUUAGCUACACAUCAGAUUACCUUUCCAUAUACAUCGUGAACAUGGUAGAUCUACAGAGACAUCAGAACAUCCAAAUCUUUCCCCUGAAGAGCACUGUAUUUUCAGAAAUGAACAGGUUACAGGCUACUUCGGGAUGACUGGAUUCACUCUGUGUCUUCAUUUGGCCCUGUCCUUCAGAAAUCCAACCGUCCCUCCCAAAACAGUGAAAUGGGUGAGCUGAGGCCAAGCCAGCACCAGAAACUUGUCCUCGUACAGAAGCUCUUUACUGCUGUACAGCUAAAUAGUAAACAGCCUCAGUUUAAGCUGGCUUGGAGGCUGCAGUAAAUGAAUUAAUUGCCCUGCUUUUGAAUCCCGGCGUGAUUGGCUGAUGCCAGCGGUGGAGCUCAUUCAGCAGUCAGCCCACGUAGGUCAGGUUGUGCUUCUGUACACUCAAGUUUUCCUUUGGACAGUUCAAAGAAGCAAGCCCAAAGCAUUACGAAAGUGUGGGGAGUUGAAGGCAAGGUAUAAUCAGCUGCUGUCUUUCCCCAAGACUGCAGUUUUGCCAAGAGCUGAUGCUCCAGGCUCCAGCAUUCCUUUUGCCUGCCUGUACCCUGAAUUACAGCUGGAGCGUGAUAUAGUCAGAAAACAAAAAACCAAGCAGGACUGCUGAAGUCAAGCAGGUUACUGGCCUCAAGUAGUCAUCCUGUAUUCAUAAUCCUUUCGGGAGAAUGAAAGAGUCUCCUUGAAUGCAUCUCAGUUUCAAACCCAACACUAACUCUAAAUCCAGUGCUAACUCUAAUGACAGUAUAUAUAUAUAAAUGAUGCCGAAUUAAAUCAGGGUCUUAACAAAGGCUGGCAGCCAGCGCUCAGCCUAAAACUGGUCACAGACACAAACAGCUCAAUUUUCCAACAUACGGCGUGUGACUGCAGCGCUGUAGAGCAGCCCGUGCCCCUCUGUUUGCUGCGAGGGCCACAGCUCUGUUGGUGGACAGCUAAGCAUGGUGCAGCCUUGGAACAAUCUUUCCAUUUAAGAACUAAAAGUGCAAAGAACAAAAAAGAUGUUUCCCCAUUUACAGGCUGAUUACCAUGUAGGAAUUGAGAAGGUACUUGAUUACCUCUUUGAUGAAUUGGGACCAUCUUGGUCUUGAUCACAUGGCCAUUACACGGCUGGUACCUUCCUGGAGAUAUCCCCUCGCGCUACCAGCGGGAAACUCAGGUCCUGGCGUGAGGAGAAAUCCCAGUUUGGUGUAACCGUGUACGCUGGGCAGGCUGGUGCUAGCUAUAGUCGCUUGCCACAUGAAGAAAGUGUCCUCAUGGCAGCUUCGGGGACUAAACUAAACCAAAGCAGUUGUUAAAAAGGGAAACGGCAAAAUUCAGUUUCAGUGGUCCUGUAGCUACCGGCUGAAUCUGGGGAAGAGGGAGCACGACGAGGCCAUUUUCACUUCCCUGACGUUUUGGAGCCCUCACACUGAAAGAUAAAUUUUUCUUCCUCCAAGUUUGCCUUCCUGAAUUCAAAGCUAUUGCAUUAGCUUGAUGAGUACUUUCUUCAAGUCAUUCCCAUUGACUAGCAUUUUGGAUUUGAAAUUAUUUAAAUCAAAUUACUGGCAAGAUGAAAGGAAAUUUAAUGGGAGUUGUUUGCAACGAAUCCUGCCAAGUCAGUUGUCAAAAGACUGGUUAGAUUUGGGUUGCAACCAUCUUAAUUAUUGGCUUUUCCAGAUUUCUGUGAGCUAUGUAAUUUUUUUCUCCCCACACUUCUUGCUUUAUUUAGCUACAUCUCUCUCUUAUGCGGUACUGUAUCUUUAAUUUGGGUGACAGCGGGAUCAUACCAAAUGGACUUUCUCUCAGCUGGGGUUUCAUUCCUCUCGACUUACACAAGGGUUGGACCACACUGCUGUGCAGUCCCAGUUUCAUUGUGUUUUAAAAGGUGAACACAGCCUCACACGCUGACAUUAAUGAUACUCAUGACUAAGAAAACCACUCCAACCACAUUUUCCAUCUUAGGCAGGAUACUAAGGUUCAUUUUAGCCAGGGCAUAUAAUGCAUCUUGCCGUGUCUAGGUAACUUAGAGAGUGGAUUUAUUUUGAAUGCGUGCUCAUUUAGAAAUAUAUUUUAAUUGAAAUGUUUAGUGCUUUAUCUUACAUGCAUACUGUGCAAUACCAUAGUGUGUUCUUUUCCUUUUUUUUUUUUUCUAAGACUUUUUUGAAAUUCUUAAUGUUUCUUUGAGCUCCAGUGUGUUUUUGACUUGGAUCAGUUCUGGUGGUAGUAACGCAUUUUCCUCACCUGGAGCUAACCAGAAGCAGCGCAUUGCACAACUAAAAGUCUUUGCAAUUUGUGCACCCUCGUGCUCACCAGCAAUCUGGUACUCUCGGGAGGCAGAGAAUGCUUCUCUCCCGAGUACCUUAUUUGCACUUACUGUAAAGAAUUGAUAGCAACCCAGGGAAAACAUGAAUGAACCAGAGAGAAGAGCCCUCACCUGCUCCCACCAAACUCCACAGCAAUUUUGCCAUCAACUCUCAAAGGAACAGGCCGUAAAGAUGAGCUCCAGCUCUCAGCUAGCCCGGACUGGGGCUGCUGUCAGUGGGGCAGAGCAUCUGGCUCACAAGCGGCUUUCUGGGAGUUUGGCUCUGGGACUGGGGUUCGCUCCCAGUCCCUGCAAUGAACUAUUUUAACGUAGGAACCUGACCACUGUGACAAAGGCUUCUAAAAGACAAUCAGCUUCUGGAAUUACUUCUCGAUACAAUUUAUUGGAAAGCCAUUCUCCUCCACGUUUACAGCUUCUGUCUUAAUCGAGAUUACAUUCCAUUCCGGUGUUCGGUGAUAUAGGGGGUUAAACUACUCGCAGUUUCUGUGAUUGCAGUGAAAUCAAGCAAUUCAAAGGUGCUAUAAUUGUUCACAAAGCACAUUCCCAUCCAUGGAAGGAAAUGUUAACGUUUUCACUAGUUAUUUUACGCAGUAUUUUUUUAUUUAUAUCAGUGUGUUUCGUAUGUGUGCAAAUGGUCCCAGCUUCUCUCACUGUAAUAAGCUUUACAACCAUUUGGUCUUUUAUAGGGCAGCCAUACGCAGUAUCUUGCAAUCCUGUAAUUUCUUAAUUUAGAGCAAGAAUAAAUCUCAUCUGACAUGAUGAACUCAUUUAUGGCAGGCUCUAAUGUUUGUGGUAAACACAACCUGUUUGUUCCACCUCUUGCAUGGUUACUUACCUGUUUUCAUAUUGCUAUGUUAUUGUUCAAAAUAUCUAUUUCUCUUUAUUUGCUAUGGGUUUUGUUACUGUAUAUGGAAUGUUUUGUAUUCAGCAUUUUCUUACAGAGCAGAGUGGGAACAGUAUUCAAGAACCCACAAAUACCAAAGACCUUUCAUGUAAUGCACUGAGAAAUAAACAUACUGUAAAUGAA